AUGGAAACCGAGUACACCAUAGCAUCAGUUGACACUGCAAAGGAAUUAGGUUUGACGAAUUACGAACAGAGCUACACUGAAUUAGUCGCGAUCGAGAAAUUUGCGCGCAACUCGGAGAAGAUGGAAUUACUGAAUAAAACCGUUACCGCCCUCAUGGAGAAUGCAUGGGAACAUUCCACUGUUGAGACUUUAGUGAAUGUCUUCCACUUCAUAUUAACACGUCGCGCACAACAAAAAUCUGCGAUCAUAGUUGUAGUGAAAAAGUGUGCGGAGUACAUCCAACAGUUGAAAGCGAAAGGGGACUUUGUGCAUUAUGAAAUGAUGAGUAAGUCUGUCUGCACGGAGACUGAAGGGAAAGUCUUUGUUGAUAUUGAACGAGCAAGGAUAGUUAAGGACUAUGCGCUCUUCUUGGAACACAACAAAAAUUUGGCCGAAGCGACACAAUUGAUGCAAUCGAUGCAUAUCGAAACGUUCACAUCACUCGAUAAGAAAGAACGAAUGGAUUUUUUGUUGGUUCAAUUACGAAUUUCGUUGGAGUGUGAUGAUUAUUUGCGAGCGAUGUUGUUGUCGAAUAAAGUGAACCGAACGACAAUCCAAUCGGAGGGGUUUGAAGAAUUACGACUGGAAUUCUGUCGACUGAUGGUGAAGUAUUACUCGCAUGAAAUGAACUACAUCGAGAAUUGCAGAAUGAUGUUGAUGUGCUUUGAGACACUCACUGCGCUGAAACCGGAAGUCAAGUUUGAAAUAUCCGAAAACGAGUUUUUGAGAACACAGAAGUUCUGUAUUGACGAAAGUGUUGCACUGAAAUUGGCUGUCAUGUAUUUGAUAUGUGCCGAGUUCAUUCCAGAGAAGAAAGACUUGCUGACGAAACUGAAAGGAAUUCGGAUGUUGGAGAACUUCCCAGUCUAUCAAGGAGCUGUUGAAAUGUUCUUAACAGAAGAAGUGAUAGACUCCAAGAGAUUGGUUGGAGUGUAUGUCGAGUUAUAUAAGAGCGAGUGCGCAAUUCAUAUGGAACGACCUGUGGAGGAAAUUGCGGCGCGACUUCAAUUGCAAAUCACACAACACAACGUAAGGAUUAUCGCGAAGUAUUAUCACAACAUCACUCUGUCGCGAUUUGCGGAGUUGCUUGGUGUGACUAUCAAUGAACUUGAAAAGCAGAUAUGUGCGUUAGUCAAUUCGAAACAAAUCUUUGCGAAAAUCGACAGGCCAAAAGCUCUCGUUUCGUUUGUCAAGACUAAGGACCCAAAGGAAGUCUUGGACAUUUGGAGCGAAGACAUCCAACAACUCCUCACUCUUGUCAACGAUACUUGCUUCUUAAUAGAAACCGAGAAGAUGGUCCACCAAGGUAACAAUUAA